GUCGACAGUGAGCUAAGACAUGCCGUUAACUAACGAUAUAUAGCGCCAGCCCUGUCUCACCUCUCUAAUGUUUCUUAGUAGAAACUGUCUACGCUAGUUACGCUGCUAACUAAAAGAAAAGAGAACCAAUCUGAUCUAGGCUGGUAAUGUAUCGCCCGCAACCGAAAAAGCUCUGUCACCGUGGUAGUCUCGAUCGUCGAAUGCCGUGCCGUUUUAACCAUUGAAUUGCCACUAAUAAAUGACAAACUAUGCAAUAAAAUUAAUCAGCUCUUUGACCUGAGCUUUCUUCGUCUCGUUGCUUCGAGCCCAAUGUUUCCUUUCCUGUGACAAUCUGUUGUACUGUAUGACACGGGGAUUUACAUACCUGAGAAACAUCUCUCACAUCUGUGUAACCAGCCCUUGCUUGUCUCAGUCUGCAGCUCCUAUCUCAUCCCUGGUCUAGGGAUCAGCAGCCUCCACUGUCGCAUUCCGUCAUCGUAACUAACUAACCUAAAAGUCGCUGAAAUCUCCUGCAGCCCGCGGCCAUUUCACUAGGUUCUCCCUCCAGCUCCCGGGCUCUUUUUCUCCAUCUUCAACACCAACAAAACUUGACUUUCAUUAUCCUUUUCCCACGACAAGAGUGAGCACCCUCUUUGGUGCUCGUGUCAUUUCUUCGCCAUGGGUGUUCUUCAAAAGAUGGCUUGGUCCAAGAGUACCAGGAUCAAGGUGAUGAUAGCCAUUGACACAUUGUUUUUCCUCGUCGAGAUUGUCUCUGGCUUCCUUGCCCACUCGCUGGCCCUCAUGGCCGAUGCUUUUCACAUGCUCAAUGAUAUCAUCUCGUUGGUUAUCGGCCUCUGGGCUGUCUCAGCCGCACAAAAGACUUCCACUGACGAAUUCACCUUUGGCUGGGUUCGCGCAGAGAUUCUUGGUGCCUUUUUCAACGCCGUUUUCCUUAUCGCCCUCUGUGUUUCCAUCGUCCUCGAAGCAUUGACCCGAUUCAUCGAACCCCCCGAGAUCAAUAACCCCAAGCUCAUGCUCAUUGUUGGUUCCGCCGGCCUGUUCUCCAACUUUGUCGGUUUCUUUGUCCUCGGCGGCCAUGGCCACUCUCAUGGACCCGGCGAGCACGACCACGAUCAUGAUCACGGACAUUCUCACGCCCACGCCCACGACGAGGAGGAGGGCAACGCCGGUUACCAAACCCAGGGCACUCUUGCAGACGAAAGUGGCCGUGCUGCUGAGGUUCUACCCGAGGCUGUGUUUCGCCGUGCAACAGCUUCUAAGAAGUCCAACGGCAAAUCCAGCGAACAGCGACACAGCCGAGAUGCAUCCACACGAGGCCGCGACUAUCAUCGAUCCGGUAGGAGUGGACAUGCUCGUUUCGCUAGUCUCGAUGACUUGAGCAUUCACCCAGCAAGUUUCCGACAAAGCAUCAUCGAAGCUACGCGUGGCGAGACCAACGAAAGCACUAGCGAGAGCGAGACCGACGCCGAGAACUCUUUGAUAAUGGAAGAGGACGAGGCGCAUGAGGAGUCACCUCUUCUCAAAGACGUUGCUAAGAAGGGUUCUUCGCUUGGUCAUAAUAGAAAAGGCUCUCACUCUCAUUCCCACUCUCGACGACCUAGACGAGACUCGAGCGUUCACCACGGCCACCACCACACUCUUCCCAAGAAAGCUGGCAAGAAGGACAGCCACGGCCAUAACCAUGCUGAUAUGGGUAUGAAUGCUAUGAUUCUCCACGUCAUUGGAGACAUGCUUGGCAACAUAGGUGUCAUGGUCACGGCUCUCAUUAUCUGGCUGACGGACUGGCCUGGCAAAGUCUACGCUGAUCCCGCCGUCUCCCUGUUCAUCACUGCUAUUAUCCUCAAGACCUGCAUUCCUCUCACCCGAGGCACUGCCCGUGUUCUUCUACAAGCCACUCCUGAGCACAUCAGCGUCCCUGAGAUUAGACAAGACAUCGAAGCUCUUCCCGGCGUUAUUACUUGCCACCAUAUUCACGUCUGGCAACUCUCAGACACCAAACUUGUCGCUAGCAUGCACCUCCAAGUGUCUUUCCCCAUUGAUUCUCACAGUGGCGAGAAGUACAUGGAGCUGGCCCGCCGAGCUCGGAAGUGUCUCCACGGGUUCGGCAUUCACAGCGCUACGAUACAGCCCGAGUUCUGCUUCGAUCAGAAGCACUCACACGAUGCGGAAGCUGCUGCUCUGUCCCUAGACGGUCCUGCUGAUCUCAACAAGGGUGAUAGUUGCCUCCUUGAGUGUAUCGAUGACUGCCAGGCUCAGGGUUGCUGCCCUGCCGACUCGUCAUCCAAGGCUUCGUCAACAAGACGAUGUAGUGAAUCGUCACACAGCGCCACUAGCCCUCAUGCGCACGAUCAUGACCACGGUCACGAUCACAGCAACAACCACCAGCACUAAUCCACUACCUAGCACCUCGGGUUUUGUUCCGGGCUUUGCUUUUAUGGUGUUUUGGCCCUUGGCACCCGCACCUAUUUCUCUCUUUACUACAUACAGCGGAUAAUUUCUCCUUGGUCUUUAAACUAAAAAGCGUUCGGCGUUCUAUCGUGCGGAAAGAUAGCCUCUCAUAUGGGGUAGUCGUAUUGUUGGGCAACAUUUGGCACGAGAAUAUGUGGUAUUCGAGAGGUAGAUGGUACCUUUUUUUGUCUUGUACGAUAGAUAGCGGUAGGUAUCACGCGUAUUGAAAUUUUCUUUGUCUUACAGCAUCUACUCUCGCAGUCAUUGAACAUUUGUAGCUUGCGCUGUUGUGCUAUUUCUUGAGUAAGGACGUCUAGUCGAGCUUUUCCUGCGUAAUAUGAUAUCGUCCCCAGAGGCACAAAUAGUAAUCACUAGCAAUGCACGUCUGUUUAUUUAUUUAUUUUGAAAAUAUCCUCGAUGUGAUACAAAACCGCCAUUCAACGCCAUUUUCCUUUGAUGUGCAUCUCGUCCCGAUCUCUCUUUACAUUUGAUUAUACUUAAUGCAUGACUCCAAUCUUCUCAUUCAUAAGGGGCGUCAAUCAACACCUACGCUUGCGGCGGAAGGAUGAGUUCAUCACGGCUACCGACUUCGACGACGCCUGCGUCUCCCUUGAACAGAUACUCCACGCGAAGAAUCUUGUCCAAGCCCGGAGCUGGGUCCCAGAAUCCUGGUAGGCGACUCUUGCGCACGCCACGGGGAAUCACUAGGGCUGGGCCGCUGGAAUACGACGAUUCGUUGAUAAGGGCGGCAACGGCGAUUGUGACAUCAGCAACUUGAUCGCUUGUUGCGAGGAUGCCGUAUUCAUCAGGGAUGCCGUAUUUAGCAUUGAGGAUAACGAGACCACCAAGUGCCAUCUGACGCUUCUGGCGACCCUCUACUGGAUGUGCGAGGAGUGUUGUGAUGUUGUCUGCCUCAUAUCUAUGCCGAGCAAUGGCGACUGGUGUCCCAGUUGAGGAGACAUCUGAGCGAACGCGGCGGUGAGAUCGUGAAACUCGUUGACGGCGACGAUAGUUAAGACCAAGCUGCACUGCUGCAAGUCCAGCGAAGGGGAGGGCGCCAGCCCAGAAAAGAACACUAGAUCCAAGAAGCGAUCGUGGUGCUAUGAGCAGAGGGACACUGAGACGCUGACCAAGGCGGGACCAGUAGACGGAGAGGUGAAGGUUGUGCAGACUUAUGCCGACUUCAAGACCAACACGCGCGAAACGACCAACAGACCACAGAUUGCGGAGGGCAAAAUACUGGUCCUGGAAUGUGUUGGAACAGAGCUCGGCCUCUACACGGGCUGCUGAGGGUAGACCAGGAUCCAGGGAUGUCGGAGGAGUUUGGAAAGGUAGAGUCAGGUCCUUGCUGUAUCGGACAGCGCCGGCCAAUGAAGUUGGUGUAGCGGAUGCAGAGACAGCCCAGCUUCCAUGCUUGCAAGAAUUAAUCUCGUAGUCGAGACCCCUAAUACCACCCUCAUCGCCAGGAGAGUCUGACGAGCCUGGUACAGGUAAUCGGUCUGAUGGUCCUGUUCGGAAGCCUAGUUCAAAGUUCGGGGUCGCUCCAGGGGCUUCGGCGUUAAAGAAGUCUGGACUGAUUCUUGAGUGUUCAGAGAAAAAAUGAGAGUAUUGAUUGGAUCCAAAGCUCCAGUCGCCACUGUCUGCUCGCAGGAAUCCUGUUCCAUGUCGCAGAUUCUGGUAGAGACCUAGAGCAACACGCGGUUGAAUCGACGAGGAAUCACGCGACGAUUGUAUGCUAGCCUCGGCUAUGGUUGGUUCUGAGAAUUUGGGGAGGAGAAAGUGAUGAUAAAGACGGCUGGUGACGGAGAACUCUGGCAGAACAUCUGACUCGAGCUCAACAGCUGUCUUGAUCCACCUAAGCUUAUCAGGGGACGGUGAAGGCGAGUGGUUCAGAAACUCUUGUCGAUAUCGCAGAGUGGCCAAUGGAGCGAACUUGUUCUCAACGAGUUGCAUGAGUCUCUGUCUGGUGAUUGGCAGAGGCAACAGAGGUUGAUAUCGAUCGUACAAUAGUGAUGUUGGUACCAAGGACAGAUCCCGUGUGAUGCCGUAAGUAGAUCCAGUUACAGUCACAGUGGGUGUUGCGACUUGAAUUCGAGGCUGUGGUGGACUCUCGAUUGUCUCCUUCUCUUCCUUUGAAGCAAGACUUGCUAGUCGUGUUACUUGCGGUUGAAGGAGCUUCUGAAGCGCUGGUAGGUCGACUGUGACAGAAUGACUGAGGGAAAAGUCAAGGAUUUGCAGUCCUGAGGCGCCAUUUCCCGACCCAGAGGCAUCAAGUCGAAUUCCCAGAUCAGAGCUUGUCUGUAUGCCGUUCUGUAACCGGUCCCAAACAGCCUCUUUAAAGGCAACCUCGUAUUCUGAUUGUGAUGCGCCUGUCUCUUCGGCUUCCAAGAACUGGUCGAGGUCAUACUGAGCUCGUCGCGCAGGAUCAAUGAGUGUUUCGAAAGCAUCCUGAACACGGAGGAAUUGCUGGUGAGCUAUGGGGCGCAAAUGCUCAGGAUAGCUGUCCGGGUAAAAGAGGAUAAACAGACGGUAGUAUGCGCUCCGGAUCUGCUGUUGCGACAACUCCGAAGUGUCUCGUGGGAGACAAAGAAGAUCAUAAAAAUUGGUGUCCAGAUCCUCUGCUCCAGGUGCUAGAUCUUGUGUAUGAGGUACAGGUCCGUAGCCACCUUCAGUUGAGCUCAAAGGAGCCUUCUCAUCGAGGUCUGGAUCUCCCGUCUCGGAAACACUCGUUCCACGUUCGUAGAUCGAACUAGCAUCAUCGUCCCAGAAUUCGAACUCCUGCUUUGUAGCAGCGAACUGUUCGUUGAGGGAAAAGCGAGAUGGAGCAGCUCGAAGAGCUUGCGCAGUAGCUGGGGCGCCUGAAGACAGGCGGUGCUCGUCUAAGUUGGCUGAAGAGCGUACUGAAGAGUUUCUGGAGACGCCACGACGAGGACGAGCGCGGGGCACUCGAAGACUUUCGCGACGGGUGUCUCUGUCGUGGGUCAUGAUGUCUGAUUGAGGGUGUUGAGAGGCAGACGACUAACUCUCCAUUGAGUGAGGGCAGAAUAGCGCGAGUAGACUAUAGAUCAAAACAGUAGAGAAGUCACCGCCUCGGACUGAUGGCAGUGAGUGAUUCUCCAAUCACGAUACACAAGAAAGCGGAUGGCUCAGACAAAGGCCCCUCGCACGAUCCCGAUGUGGGUUGAUC